AUGGCUAAUGGGCUGUGUGAGUUAAUUUGGCUGCAGCGGGUUAUAGGAGAUCUUCAACUAACAAUAGAAGCUCCAAUGAAGCUUUACUGUGACAACAAGGCUGCCAUUAGCAUUGCUAAUAACCCUGUUCAACACGAUCACACUAAACAUGUGGAGAUAGAUCGGCAUUUCAUCAAAGAAAAACUGGAAUCCGGAACUGUGUGUUUACCCUUCCUGCCAACAUCUCAACAGAUAGCUGACAUUUUAACCAAGGGGUUAUUUAGACCAGGGUUUGAUUCUUGGAAUGAUCCAAAGGAGAAGGAAGCAUUGCAGAAGUACUUGGCCAAAGAAUUCGAGAUUAAAUAUGUCGGGAAAAUAAACUUAUGGCAGGAACUUGAUCACUAUCAGGUAUUUGUGAUGAAGUGCCCAGAAGAUGCUACCAUCUUGAAGAAUUUUAUUGAGAAGGACCGAGUAUCUGAUUUCCUGGUUGGACUCAAUCAUGAAUUUGAUCAAGUAAGGGUUCAAAUACUCGGUAGACAGGAAACACCUUCCUUGGAGGAGAUGAUUUCUCUAAUCUGUGCAGACAAGAGUCGAAGAAGUGUAAUGCUCGAGCCACAGGCUUUAGGUGGUUCAGCCUUGAGUGAUGGACAGGAGAAAGGAGGACUCAAUAGUGAAAAGAUUGAAAAACUUAGGGGCUUGAUAAGAUCUCUUGAGAAGCGCUCUGGUACAUGUUCAUUAGCACUCUCAGGAUCCACAGAUCACAUGACUCACACCUCACAAUAUUUCAACACUUAUACUCCGUGUCCUAGUAGUAGGAAAAUUAUUGUUGCCAAUGGUUCCCUUGCUACAGUUGCAGGAAUAUGA